GCGGGGGCCGCAGCCCGAGAUCACUUCCGGUUCCUCUCGGGAUCCGGUUCCUUUUCGCCGCUCCUCCAUUUAUAGAAAAGCGUCGGCUCGCUCCCAUCUCGUCGCGGACUCUCACUCCCCUCCGAGCGGCUCGUUUGCUCUGUUGACGAAGGAUUAAGCAGCCUGACAAGAUGGUAAAGGAGACUGCUUAUUACGAUCUGCUGGGUGUGAAGCCGAACUCCACUGCAGAUGAGUUGAAGAAGGCUUACAGAAAACUCGCCCUUAAGUACCACCCCGACAAAAACCCCAAUGAGGGGGAAAAGUUCAAGCAGAUAUCUCAGGCUUAUGAAGUCCUGUCAGAUGUGAAGAAACGGGAGCUGUACGACCGGGGUGGGGAGCAGGCCAUCAAGGAGGGCGGCGCAGGCGGUAGCGGAGGAUUCAGCUCGCCCAUGGACAUCUUCAACAUGUUCUUCGGAGGUGGAGGAAGCAUGCAACGUGAGACAAAAGGAAAGAAUGUGGUGCAUCAGAUAUCUGUGAGCUUGGAGGAUCUUUAUAACGGAGCUACACGCAAGCUUUCCAUGCAGAAAAAUGUCAUCUGCGACAAAUGCGAAGGACGUGGCGGCAAGAAGGGUGCUGUGGAGCGGUGCCCGGAGUGCCGGGGCUCGGGCGUGCAGGUGCACAUCCGCCAGAUCGCGCCGGGCUUCGUACAGCAGAUCCAGCGCGAGUGCUCCGACUGCAGCGGGGAGGGAGAGCGCAUAAAAGCAAAGGACCGGUGCAAGAACUGCAACGGGAAGAAGAUCCUCAAGGAGAAGAAGAUUUUAGAAGUGCACAUCGACAAAGGAAUGACCGAUAACCAGAAGAUCUCGUUCUACGGGGAGGGCGACCAGGAACCCGGCCUGGACCCUGGAGAUGUCAUCAUCGUGCUCGACCAGAAGGAGCACGACGUGUUCCGCAGAAAGGGACAGGAUUUGCUGAUGGAGAUGGAGAUCAGUCUCACAGAGGCUCUGUGCGGCUUCAGACGGCCCAUCAAGACACUUGACAACCGCACCAUCGUCAUCACCUCCCACCCAGGCGAAGUGAUCAAGUACGAUGCCAUCAAGUGUGUGCUGAAUGAAGGAAUGCCGUUUCACCGCAACCCCUUCGAGAAAGGGCGUCUCAUCAUCCACUUCAAGGUGUCGUUCCCGGAAGCCGGCUGGCUGGAGGUGGAUCGGCUCGGCGAGCUCCGCUCUCUCCUGCCCAGCCCUCCGGAGCCGAUGGUCACCGAGGAGAUGGAGGAAGCGCAUCUCACCAACAUCGACCCGACGCAACGGCGCGGGCACAACGGGGACGUGUACGACGACGAGGACGGCCCGCAGCACGGCGGCGUGCAGUGCCGUACGGCCUAAGGGUCUGCCCCCCCCCCCCCCCAAGCCACCAACCGCCACACACGCACACGCAGCACAUUCUCUACAUGCACGGCUUCAUGCCGGUCACUGUAAGCGCCAGUGCGUUUGUUGUAAAUCCCAUCCCUAUGGCAGAUUUUUCAUCCUCGGCGCGCACAAUUGUUCUCUCGCAAACCGUAUAAACCUUGACGCGCGUUCAUGUCGUGGUGGCGUUUGGUGUGUCACGGCCUAAAAUAGUUGCUCCGCUGUAAACCUCAUUCGUCACGAGACAAGUUUGUGAUGCAGGGUAAAGAUGUCGACGGAGCGAUUUACCUUAAGGCUGCUGCAUAAACCAGUUGCGGAACGGAGUGGGAAUGGAGUCAAGGAGAGCAUGGAGUUUGCCAAGCUGUGCUUGUACUCAGCGGCUGUCUUUCAUCGUAACAUGAAAUAUCUUGCCAGCAUUUUCCUGAUUUAUGUUUUGGUGAACUUGUGCCCAAGCUCAUGAACCGGGUCGGUCAGCAGAUAGAUUUCAUUUUGGCUCGAUGGCACUUUUUUUAGUGGAUCACAAGAUACUCCGAGAAUGCUGUAUCGAGCCAGUGCUGGCAUCUGUUUCGUUUAUACUUCAUAGCCUGGAAUUAGCAGCAGCCUUGUUGUAAGUGGUUCCUGAGAUGUAUAAUUUCCUACCGGUACUCACCUUGAUAGCAAAUUCCAACAUGGCUCAUAAAUAAUGAAAUACCUUGAGGGGGGGGUUAUUUUAAACAUUCUGUAAUCCAGAAGCGAUACGUUUAACAUUUGCCAACACGCAAGACUCGUGACAGUAAAAUGACACCCUUUGACACAAGGCGCUUGCUCCAUGGUCUGUACAGCGAGCUGGUAUGUUUUAAGCAUGCGACCUACUGACCCCUGUCCUGCACCCAUCCACAUCACAGCUGACACCCGCGUUGCCACGAGAGAAUGGCCUCUUUGCUGCAAUAAUAUUCAGCUUCCGAUCUGCUUGGUUUGUUCGAAUUGUAAAUUUGUGGUUAAAUACUUGUGGAAUUUACUCAUUAAUUCACGCUAAGUUGUCUCUUAUUCAGGAGGGUUGACAUUUAGCAGCUUUGCACAAUACAUAAUUUAAGAAAAACAUGUAACUUACAUAGGUUAAUAGUGGAAUACCCUGCGAACUGCAACAUAUACUGAAAAGAUAACCUGCAAUUUUAAUGGAUGUGCAUUACCCUCCUCAGCCUACCGCUGGUUUUGGUCGAUUUACCGUGUGGUCUUGGAAGUCUACUUGGCAGGUUUUUGCCGCAGUGAAUGGUGCCGGCUGCCACUUGCUCAUCAGCUCGAUAGCUGCACACUCGGGAGUUUCGCUACACCUCAAACGUGUGGGAUGCAACAGGGAGCACUUUAGGGUGUUCUGGGUGCAUAGGUGGACUUUGGUAACUAAAUAUUUAAAAUACUGUCAUGGCAACUUCACCAAACUUGUAAAGUUACACCUUGCCAUUUAUAGCCACGUGCUCUGGAUGCAGGAUGUUGGCCAGGUUUAAAUGAAAACACAGGUGCCACGAAUGGUGGCACUACCAGCCAAUGCAUUUCAAACAUUUUCUGAGCAACCACUGGUAACCACAGUGCCUCAAAGUAGUGUAGAGUUUGAGAGGGGGGGGGCGUGUUUGUUUUACGAAGGUGUAAUUGAGCCAGCCUUUACGUCUUCUGCAACUGCCUGUGUGCAUAUUUGCAAAUUCAUUGGAACCUGCAAAGAUUCUGACAUGAGUCCACCCACCCCAGAAUAUGUAAGACUUGCUCGUGCAGUCAGAACUGAUGGAAUUAAGAUCACAUCUCGCCACAUUUGCGAAUGCUGCAAGUUGGCACUACGCUUGAGCGAGGACAUCGUUGAAUGGUUUACGGUAGGGGUGUGGGAUUGUUUUCCACUUGGUUACACGUUUCGAUAAUUGGAAACGCGUUGAGUCCUAAUUUGUUACGAGAUGCUGCCAAAGUGUUUUCAUGUCACCUGCCAGAGCUAUCUGAAAGCCCCCCCCCCCCCUUACCUGCUUUAAGGGGAGUAUCUCAAAUUGAAGUGUCCUGAUAAGUCGGCAUUGUAAAAAUAUAUAUACCUUAAACCCAGUUUGUCAUCCUUUUGCCACUGAGGAGGUUAAACGUCACCGUUUGAUUUGGGUUAUUCCAGCGGCAAAACCAGGGACCGAAUAAUGAUCUUUGCACUUGGCGAGGAUUGCAGAGCGUGUUCACAAAACGAAGCUGUCUAGUUUGGCCGUUGCAAGAACGUUCAUUUCUUGUAAAAUGUUUAUCUAAAAUAAUCUGUAUUGUAGAGUAUGGUGUGUAUUAUAAACAUUAAAAAUAAAAGGGGCUGAAGCCCAAUCCAGUG